UGAUAAAAUCAAUUUUUUCUUCGAGGCUAGUCAUCGCUCAAAUAUGGUCUGCAUGCAACUUUAUGCAAAAGAAAUUGAAUAUCCUCCUGGAGCUUCCAGUGCAGCAUCUAUUCUCUCAAGAAAUUUGCAAACUCAUGGGCUAGACUCCAAAAGGUCUAGUGAAGUGAAGGAUCUUGUUUGGAAAUUUUGUGCAUGGAGGGAUUUAAUGGCUCGGAUGCAUGAUGAAAGCUUACGGUAUGUUCUGUCAGACCAAGCUAUAGCUGCCCUUGCUGUUAGUCUUCCAAAAGGCCCAACAGAGGUGUUUGCUGUCAUAGCAGAAACUGACCAAAGCAUUUCAAGUAUGUACCCCUCCUUGUCGUCACCAUCACCUAUUGUUGUUGCUCAUGUUGAAGAACUUUGCUAUCUGCUGGAGGACACUACUACCAGCACAGAUGGUAUCUUUAAAAGUUUGCUAGAGAAGUAUAAAGAUCCAAGUGGAUUAUGUCAACUAUCAGUUUAUAAUUAUAACCUUAUAACAAACCUAAGUUUGAAGCAAACAGAUAUGUUUUCCUUUGCUCCAAGUGGAGAAAAGUUGCUGACAGCACCGCCUAGUAAAAAGGCUUCACGGGAUUUAUUCAUUAAAAAAUUCUCGUGCAAGUCCCCAGUAUACCACAAUUGCAGGAUCUAUGCAAGUGAUGGGAGACUACUUUGCUACUGUGACCGUAAAAAAUUGGAAUGGUAUGUUCAACGUAAUUUGGCGAAACUAAUUGAAGAUAGUCCUCCAGCAAUCAUGCUUCUAUUUGAGCCUAAAGGUCGUCCAGAGGAUGAAGAUAAUGAGUUCUAUAUUCAGAGCAAGAAAAAUAUUUGUGUUGGAUGUGGAGAAAAGAGCCACUAUAUUAGAUAUAGAAUAAUACCAUCAUGCUACAGGAUGCAUUUUCCAGAGCAUCUGAAGAGCCAUCGUUCACAUGAUAUUGUACUUCUCUGUGUAGAUUGUCAUGAAAUUGCUCAUUCAGCAGCUGAAAAAUACAAGAGGCGAGUGGCAGAAGAAUUUGGAAUACCCCUUUUUGUGCAAAAGAUAGUGAACUCGGGUGCUAUAAGUUUGAUUACCGACACAUCAAUAUCCGAAGAUAAAUUGAAUGGAACGGGCGUCUCCCCAUUGCAGCUGAGGACUGCUGCAAUGGCUCUUCUACGGCAUGGAUCUACUAUGCCAUUGAAGAGAUGUGAAGAGCUAAUGCAGAUUGUAAAGUCAUAUUAUGGAGGUAGGGAUGUAACUCCUGAAGAUCUUGAGAUGGCAUUACUUGUAGGUAUGAGUCCGCAUGAGCGAAGGCGUCUUGAAAAGAAAAAGGGUUAUUCAUUUAGGGCUCAGGCUCAAAAUAUUAUUAGAAAGAGCAGCAGCAACACCAUCUCAGAAAACAGUGGACAUGUAUCAGAAAAUAGUCAUGUCUUAUCUGACCAAUUUCUUGAGGAUGGAACUGCAAGUAAUGGUCAACAAGAGUUUGAUGAGGCAGAGAGUCGCAAUGAGCUAGAAGAUUUAACCUUGAGCCAGGGCAGUUCAAGUUUGGCAGCCAGUAUGGAGGAUACCACUUUUGACCAUGACUCUGCGACACUUGAGACAGAUACUGAGCAGCAAGCAAGUGGUGCCUGCACUCCUGCGAACGGCCAUCUCGACAGAGAUCCAUCCAUCUGUGACAAUUCUAAUGAGGCCAUUUCCAAGAAUGCUGUGAAGAAGAUAUCCCUGUUGGGUCAUGGGCAUCAUGGUAAACAAGUUGUGGAGCUUUUGCUUUCCACUGGUGGGGAGGAAGCUAUUAACCAGUUCUGCCAGAGGUGGAGGCAGGUCUUUGUUGAAGCUGUUCACCCGCGCUACUUACCUUCUGGCUGGAAUAUCAACUACAGUGGACGGCGGGAUUUUGGUGACUUCAGUGUCUACAAGCCGGCAAAGAAUCCGGCUCCACCCCGUAGCGAUUAGGCUACGGAUGGCCUCAAUACCUUUGCUGUUGUUGUACCCUGAGGUUACAUAUACUUCCCAGAGUAGUUUGCAUUCCAUCAAACCUGAUCUUUGUACCUCUCAAACUGUGUUCUUGUACUCCUUGCUUUAUCUUGAAUCAACAGUCUCAUUUUCUUCGUUACAUACUCCAUUGCCAUGAAGUAUGCUUCAGUUUUGUCCAGCCAUUUUCUGAACACGAAGAAUUAGACCGCCAAAAAGCCAAAAAUGAAGCAGCAGGAGGAGAGCCAGCUCGGCGGAGCCACAUGAUCCUCGCCAUCUCGCCAUCACUGCCCCUCCACCACUCGCCCCGGCUUGAAUACCCCACCGUGCUCAUUCUCCACCCAAACCCAAUCCAUCCAAAUCCAUUUCCCUCCCUCCCUCCAAACCCGCAUCCCUUCCUUUCCAGUUUCCACUGCCUCCUCCCCCGCCGCCGCCGGUGAUCCCCGUCGCCGCGGGCCACCAACCAUGUCUUGCUCCCACCUCUCCACCGCCUGGUCCUCCUCGGCGCUCGCCAGCAGCGCCUCCUCCACCCGGCGGCGCUCCUCCGCCCCGCGCUCCGGCGGCAGCGGCUUCGUGGUGCGGUGCUCCCUCCGCGAGCUCCGCAGCCGUAUCGACUCAGUCCGCAACACGCAGAAGAUCACCGAGGCCAUGAAGCUGGUGGCCGCCGCCAAGGUGCGGCGCGCGCAGGAGGCCGUCGUCUCGUCCCGCCCCUUCUCGGAGGCGCUGGUGGAGGUGCUCUACAACAUGAACCAGGAGAUCCAGACGGAGGACAUCGACCUGCCGCUGACCCGCACCCGCCCCGUGAAGAAGGUCGCUCUGGUGGUCCUCACCGGCGAGCGCGGCCUCUGCGGCAGCUUCAACAACAACGUGCUCAAGAAGGCGGACACCCGCAUGGAGGAGCUCAAGCAGCUGGGGAUCGAGUACACCGUCAUCAGCGUGGGGAAGAAGGGCAACGCCUACUUCAUGCGCCGCCCCUACAUCCCGCUGGAGCGGGAGCUGGAGGUGAACGGCGUGCCCACGGUGAAGGACUCGCAGGCCAUCUGCGACCUGGUCUACUCCCUCUUCGUGUCGGAGGAGGUGGACAAGGUGGAGCUGCUCUACUCCAAGUUCGUGUCGCUGGUGCGCUCCGACCCCAUCAUCCAGACGCUGCUGCCCAUGUCCCCCAAGGGCGAGAUCUGCGACGUCAACGGCGUCUGCGUGGACGCCACCGAGGACGAGCUCUUCCGCCUCACCACCAAGGAGGGGAAGCUCACCGUCGAGCGCGAGAAGGUGAAGAUCGAGACGCAGCCCUUCUCCCCCGUCGUGCAGUUCGAGCAGGACCCCGUGCAGAUCCUCGACGCGCUGCUCCCGCUCUACCUCAACAGCCAGAUCCUCCGCGCCCUGCAGGAGUCGCUCGCCAGCGAGCUCGCCGCCCGGAUGAGCGCCAUGAGCAGCGCCACCGACAACGCCAUCGAGCUCCGCAAGAACCUCUCCAUUGCUUACAACCGCCAGCGCCAGGCCAAGAUCACGGGGGAGAUCCUUGAGAUCGUCGCCGGUGCCGACGCCCUCGCCGGCUGAGCUGAAGCCGCCGUCCCCCUCGCUCUACUUAACACUGAGCCGAGCUGAGCCGGUGGUGGCGUACGUUCUUCGUGCGGUGCUCCUGCUAUAUAUAAUUCUAAUUCUUUUUCUCAUCCUUCUUGCUGUUCAGUCUUCUGUCUGUAAUUCCUGAUAGCACAAACACGAGGGAGUUCUGUGUUCCAUGCUCGUCGUGAUGCCGCGCCUCGCCAGAUACACAAGAAUUUAAAUUCAGAGAUGCCAAAUGUAUAAUCCGAGUAACUUUUACCUUGCAAAUCCUGUGCCUCCGUCUCCUAUGGUAUUCACACUGCUUGUAAGAGAUUUGUUAGCAAGCUUCAAUGCUUUAUGCAGCUUCAUUCGGUA